AUGAAAGUUCAGUUAGCAAAAACCUCUUCAAAGGUUGCUGCUAAAUCUGGAAGUUUGGCUGAAUCUGGUUCUAAGAAAGUACAAAAGAAAGUUGAUCAGUCGUCGGAGAAUAGUCCGGGCAAAGUGGGAGCGAUGAGGAAAAAAUUCUUAGCUGAUCAAAGAAAGGCUACACUCAGCAAGAAUAAAGAAAAAGAAACAGGCGAUAAUGUUAACAACACUCUGCCUUCCAUAUCUUCAAUUAUUUCAGGGUGGGCAACUCUGAAAACCAACCCGAGCGCAGAUAUAGAUCCAUUAAUGAAAGAGAAGCUAAAGGUGAAGGAGAAGAACCGGGCCAUGAUUAAAUCUGAACAAUGUGGUGAAAUUGGAUCAUCUUAUAAGGUAUGUCCUUCUCCAAAAGAUGACGUGAAACUUGCCACCACGGCGACGUUGAAAAAGCCGCCCAGAAGAGAUGCUCCAAAGAAAUUAGUAGUACAAGAAGAAAACCUUCCAAAGGAAGUUCAGCAAGAAGAUGCAAUGGAAGCAGCAGAAGAAAGGAGGAAAGAACGAGGAGCUUCGAGAAGAGCAUUGGAGUUAAUGGAGAAAACCGUCCAGGUUGAAGAUAAUUUUCAGCUCAUGGCCGACUUUGAGAUGCUGACGGGUUGCAGUGUUCACAACGGAUUUGGACCCGAAUUGGGUCUAAGACAACUGCAAACUGGCAAAGUUUUAUCGCGCUCUGGAUUUUCUCGACGUUGUGGUGAAACAGGAAUUCAAAGGAUGCGAGGAUUACUAUUAUCCUGA